AUGGCGCACAGGCCGCGGCUCCUGCGCCGUCUCACCUCGCCGUUCCUCUCCCCUCGCUUCUCCUUCUCGACCGCCGCCGCCGCCUGCCCCUCCAACAGGACGCAAAUCUACCUUUCCCGCUCUCGAGACCCUCUGCUCAACCUGUCCAUCGAGCACUACCUGCUACAGACAGUGCCCACCGACGCCACCGUGCUCAUGCUCUACGCCAAUGCGCCCUGCGUCGUAUUUGGGCGCAACCAGAACCCGUGGAUCGAGACCAACCUCGCGCGCCUCGCCUCCUCCCAGCAACCCCCGAUCCGGCUUGUGCGCCGGCGCUCCGGCGGCGGCACCGUCUUUCACGACGAGGGCAACGUCAACUUUAGCGUCAUCUGUCCCUCGGCCGCGUUUGACCGCAACAAGCACGCCGAGAUGGUGGUUCGCGCGCUGCGCCGCCUCGGCCGCCCGACGGCGCGCGUCAACGAGCGUCACGACAUUGUCGUUGACGGCGACGGCGGCGGCACUUUUAAAGUGUCGGGCUCCGCGUACAAGCUCACCCGGCUGCGUUCGCUGCACCACGGCACCUGUCUCCUGCAGAGCCCCAACCUGGACUCGAUAUCGGGCCUGCUGCGCUCGCCGGCCGAAGGCUUCAUCAAGGCGCGCGGCGUCGACAGCGUGCGCAGCCCCGUGCGGAACCUCCAUCUCGACGUCGCGGCCUUUGAGGACGCCGUGGUGCGCGAGUUUGAGGAAAUGUAUGGGAGGCCCGACGUGCGCGACACGGUCGAGGAUGCAGCGGCGGCCUUGGCGGUGCCGCAGAUUCGGCAAGGCUACGCAGAGAUGAGCUCGCGCGGCUGGCUCUACGGUCAGACGCCACGGUUCGUGUUUAGCACCCAUCCGACGGAGCAGGACCCCCGGCCGCGGCCAAAGCUCCCAUUCGAGGAGCGUAUACACUUUGAAGCAAAGCAAGGCGUCAUUGAGCGAUUUCACAUUGUAAAUAGCAAAGGUGCACAAAAAGACGUCUCUUCUCUCGUCGGCGCCACCCUGUACGAUAUCGACGACUGGUCCGCGCGGCUUGCUGACGCUGGCCUUGCGAGCCAGCCAGCCCAACAUAUCGGGGAGUGGUUGAAUGGCAUCCUCGGCACGGACUUCACAAAAAGAUAA